GAGGGUGACUGGCCCCAUUUGUGCUUCUCCAGGGGCAGGAGAACAUCUAGGGCAGGAGAAUCCCUGCAGGGCAUCUGAGGCUCCCUUUGCUUCUUCCUCUCUCCCAGGACCCUGCAGCUUGUUUUGGCUCCUUGACUCCUCAGGAAGGAUGAAAGAGACGGAUCCUCCCAAGCUAGCAAGGAUGGAAGGGGGAAGAUGGACGGUUGACCUGGUCAGGUUGUCUCCUGCAUCCCUCCUCUCAACCUCUGAGCGUUCCCUCCCAGGGACCUCCGAGAGAUCUGAUGGUGACGAAUUGGAAGGGGAGAACAAGGGGGACCACAACAGAACCCACAUAUUGGAGAAGUCAAAUAAAUAUUCAGAGUGUGGAGAGAACAUCCGUCAGAGCUCCCAGUCCACCUCCCAUCAACGAAAGAGCUUCGUUUGGAGGGAUAGCCUCACUUCACACAAAAGAACUCACAGUAGAGAGAAAUUGCAUGAGUGCAGAGAAUGUGGAAAGAGCUUCAAUCGGAAGUAUAGUCUCACUUCCCAUCAAAGAAUUCAUACGGGGGAAAAACCCUAUCAGUGCGUUGAAUGUGGAAAAAGCUUCAGUCACAGUAGUGGUCUCACUUGCCAUCAAAGAAUUCAUACAGGGGAGAAAGCCUAUCAGUGCAUGGAGUGUGGAAAGAGCUUCAGUCGAAAGGAUCAUCUCACUUCCCAUCAAAGAACUCAUACAGGGGAGAAACCCUAUCAGUGCUUCGAAUGUGGAAAGAACUUCAGAAAAAGCUCCCAUCUCACUUCCCAUCAAAGAAUUCAUACAGGGGAGAAACCCUAUCAGUGCUUCGAAUGUGGGAAGAGCUUCAGCGAGGCGUCCUAUCUCAGUUCUCAUCAAAGAAUUCAUACCGGGGAGAAACCAUAUAAAUGCCUGGAAUGUGGAAAGAGCUUCACAAAUAAGCGAAGUCUCACGUCCCAUCAAAUAAUUCAUACAGGGGAGAAAACAUAUCAGUGUUUGGAAUGUGGAAAGAGCUUCCGGAAGGAGAUUAAGCUCAUGAGCCAUCAAAUAACUCAUAAAGGGGAGAAACCUUUUCAAUGCCUUGAGUGUGGGAAGAGCUUUCGUCACCGGCUGAGUCUCACUUCCCAUCAACGAAUCCAUACAGGGGAGAAACCCUAUCAGUGCUUAGAAUGUGGAAAGAGCUUUAAUCAAAGCGCACAUCUCACUGCCCAUCAAAGAAUUCAUACAGGGGAGAAACCCUAUAAGUGCCUAGAAUGUGGAAAGAGCUUCAGUAUCAGGCAGAGUCUCAAUACCCAUCACAGAAUUCAUACCGGGGAGAAACCCUAUCAUUGCUUAGAAUGUGGAAAGAGCUUCCGGGAGCGGACUAAGCUCUCUUCCCAUCAGAGAAUUCAUACAGGGGAGAAACCUUUUCAGUGCCAUGAGUGUGAAAAGAGCUUUCGUCACAGUUCUAGUCUCACUUCCCAUCAAAGAAUUCAUACCGGGAAGAAACCCUUUCAGUGCUUCAAAUGUGGUAUGAGGUUCAAUCGAAUGGAUAGUCUCACUUCCCAUCAAAGAACUCAUACAGGUCAGAAACCAUAUCAGUGCUUCGAAUGUGGAAAGAGCUUCAGUCAAAGCUCGAAUCUCAGGACCCAUCAAAGAAUUCAUACAGGAGAGAAACCCUAUCAGUGCUUGGAAUGUGGAAAGAGCUUUCAUCAGAAAGGUGAUCUCACUUCCCAUCAAAGAAUUCAUACAGGGGAGAAACCCUAUCAGUGCCUGGAAUGUGGAAAGAGAUUUCGUAUCAGUCACGGUCUCACUACGCAUCAGAGAAUUCAUACAGGAAGGAAACCCUAUCAGUGCUUGGAAUGUGGAAAGAGCUUCACCAUGGCCGCACAUCUCACUUCCCAUCAAAGAAUUCAUACAGGGGAGAAACCCUAUCAGUGUUUGGAAUGUGGAAAGAGCUUCAGUCAGAGCAACAGUCUCACUUCCCAUCAAAGAAUUCAUACAGGGGAGAAACCCUAUAAAUGCCUAGAAUGUGGGAAAAGCUUCAGUCACAGGCAGAGUCUCACUUCGCAUCAAAGAAUUCAUACAGGGGACAAACCCUAUCAGUGCUUGGAAUGUGGAAAGAGGUUCCGGAAGGUGAGUAUGCUCUCUUCCCAUCAAAGCAUUCAUACAGGGGAGAAACCUUUUCAAUGCCAUGAGUGUGAAAAGAGCUUUCGUCAGAGCAACACUCUCACUACCCAUCAAAGAACUCAUACAGGUCAGAAACCAUAUCAGUGCUUCAAAUGUGGGAAGAGCUUCAGUCAAAGCUCGAAUCUCAAGACCCAUCAAAAAAUUCAUAAAGAGGAGAAACCCUAUCAGUGCUUGGAAUGUGGGAUGAGGUUCAAUCGAACGGAUAGUCUCAGUAGCCAUCAAAGAACUCAUACAGGUCAGAAACCAUAUCAGUGUUUCGAAUGUGGGAAGAGCUUCAGUCAAAGCUCGAAUCUCAGGACCCAUCAAAUAAUUCAUAAAGGGGAGAAACCUUAUCAAUGCUUGGAAUGUGGGAAGAGAUUCGGACGAAAGGAUGGUCUCACUUCGCAUCAAAGAAUUCAUACAGGAAUGAAACUCUAUCAGUGCUUUGAAUGUGGAAAGAGCUUCGGGGAGGGGGCUAAACUCUCUUCACAUCAAAGAAUUCAUACAGGUGAGAAACCAUGUCAGUGUUUGGAAUGUGGAAAGAGCUUCAGUUUCAGGGAGAGUCUCAUUUCUCACCAAAGAAUUCAUACAGGGGAGAAACCCUAUCAGUGCCUGGAAUGUGGAAAGAGCUUUCGUCAGAGAGGUGAUCUCACAACCCAUCGAAGAAUUCAUACAGGGGAGAAACCAUACCAGUGCUUAGAAUGUGGAAAGAACUUUAGUCAAAGCGCACAUCUCACUGCCCAUGAAAGAGUUCAUACAGGGGAGAAACCCUAUAAAUGCCUAGAAUGUGGAAAGAGCUUCAGUUUUAGACACAGUCUCACUACCCAUCAAAGAGUUCAUACAGGGGAGAAACCCUAUCAGUGCUUAGAAUGUGGAAAGAGCUUCAGUCGGAAGAAUCGUCUCACUACCCAUCAAAGAAUUCAUACAGAGGGAAGACCAAGAAAGAAAAGUAAUAAUAGCAAAAGUAAUAAAGCAAAAAUUAUUAAACAAUCUGUACAAAACACAGUUGUAUGGGAAAGAGAAAGGGGUGGAGGAGAAUAACUAAGAAUACCAUUUAUCACGUGUGUAUAUAUAUACACACACAAACAUAAACAAUAUACAUUCAAACACAACUAACAAUUAUAAAAUGUUAAUCUUACUUUCCUCAUAUCUUAGUGGGACUCCCCAUCCCAUCCCACCCCCUUCCUUUUUUAAAAAAAUAAUAAUUUUUUUUAAAAAAAGCUUUAUUUAAAUUUGGGUUAAAAAUACAUUCAACACACACUUGAAAGCAUACAAGCAUACCAGACAGACGUUAAUAUGUAAAUGAUAAUAUACAAAAUCAUAUAGAAAUAAUAAUAAAGCAAUCCAUAAUUUCGUCUCCAAAUAAUAACAAGUAGAAUAAUCAUAAUAUAAAUAAUAAACGUAAUAUUCAUAAACAUAAAAAUUCUCAACAAUACCUAAACAAAGAAAAAGAAAAAAGAUAAAAAUAGAAAGAAAAAUAUGAAAAAAGAAAAGAAAAAACUAGAAGAACAUACACUCGUCUCGUCAUACAUACCCAAAGAAAAACCAAUAACAAUAUUCCAUUUAUUCAUCAAAGAUCCUGAUCUUGUACCUGUAUUUACCCCGCUAUAGACUUCCACUUAUCUCUAACUGAGAUUACAUUAAGUGUUGAUUUCUAGUACUGCAUUCCCAAUUCUGUAUAAUUAAGUAGGCAUCUCCAGUGAUCUUCAAAUAGCAUAUAAACUCAAAUGACAAUCAAAAUCAAAAUAAAAUAUGGUAGAAUAAUAUAAUAAGUCACCAUAUUUCAAUUGUCUCUGUGUGAUUUAACUCAGUAUGGCUCAAUAUGAGGUGCUAAAAAUAAACCCAAGACUUUACCAUGGGGCAUUGUCCCUUUAUAUACUCCCCAAACUUUUCCCAAUUUUGUUGGAAUUUUUUGUUGGUAUAUCCUCUAAUUGAGUUAGUAAAAUUAUCCAGAUCUAAAUAACUAAAUAACUUCUCCUGCCAUUCUAUGAUGCUGGGUACUUCUUUCUUUUUCCAGUAGGAUGCGAUCAAAGUUCUCGCUGCUGUUAUCGCGUAUAGGAACAGUGUCUCAUCCUGUUUUUUAAUUGUGUUAUCUAUUAUUCCCAGCAGAAAGGAUUCUGGGGUUUUCUUUAUGUUAUACUUAAGAAUUUUUUUAAUUUCUUCAAAAACUUGACUCCAGAAAUUUUUAAUUCCCCUACAAUGCCACCACGCAUGUAUAUAUGUCCCCGCCUCCCUCCUACAUUUCCAACACAAGUUGUCUUUUGUCUUGUACAUCUUAUGAAUUUUAACUGGGGUUAAGUGCCACCUGUAAAACAUUUUAAUCAUGUUCUCUCUAACUCCCCCCGAGGCUGUAAAUUUCCAUGUUUUCCUCCACAAUUGUUCCCAUUGGUCCAUUUGUAUAUUUUUCCCUAUAUCAGGGGUCUGCAACCUUUAAGACAAAAAGAGCCACUUGGAACCGUUUCCGAAGAAAGAAAAAACUGGGGCCGCAAAACCAUUGUGACAUUUAAAACAAAUAUAACACUGCAUAUAUUGUUUCUUACCUUAAUGCUAUAU